UUAGGAGUGUUUGCUGUUGCGUGAUUUAUGCUGUGUCGGAAGCUAAAUGAAAGCUAGUUUGUUGGAUGUGGUGUGAUUGGGGGUACACUUCUGAGCCAUGCGCUUGUGGUUGUUUGCUAGCUGGCUUACAGACUAGCAUGUUUGCUCUCACUUGUCUAUCUCUUAGCAUGACUUGAUAUGUGUACUGUGCAUGUUUUUAUUCGUGUCACGUGAGUGCUGUUGGGCUGCUUUACUUGGCAUUGUUUAUAAUUGCACGUGUUCCUAUUGUUUAGAACACACAUACAAGCCUUUGGACACAGUCCUACUUGGACAAAUCCAAUUUCAUGUGCACUAACACACAUUUCUAAAGAGCCUAUCCACCUCCAUAAUGAAGAUGAUUUAACGAUUCUCUGAUCGGAAUCUUUCCAUGGUGUCCCAACUGUAAAAGAACCACUACCCCUUUCCUACAACGAUGUUUACUCUCUUACACGACAUAUGUGUACGCAUGGAUUAAGAACAGAAAAGUACACUUUUCUACACCAAACGCCAUCUUGCUGUUUGCUCGUCCCCAUGCGUGACUUUGGAAUGCUGUCACCUCUCGGUGACUUGUGGCUACCACACGAUACUGGAUGUAGUAUCUACCCUCUCAGGAAGAAGCUACUACUUCUUUGGUAGCAGUCGUGAUGGUGAUGUGCUAUUUUUGGCACUCACUCCGAUCUACUUCACAUCAUGAAGAAAUAUUCUCACGUGUGAUUGGCCGCAUGGCAUGUCAAUCAAAGCAAAAAUGUACCUCUGUCCUCACGUGAGCAUAGCUGCGACUGACAGCUGAAAACUGCAAAUUUUGCUAUCAGUCCGACACCAAGUAAAUACAGAGCCAGCAUUUCCGAUACGGAUAUAAAUACGUUUUUAGGUAUUUUGUCAAGAUCAUUGAAUAAAAAUUGCAUUUGAUGUGUUGAUCCUGAUUUUAAUCAGAAUAAAAGAUUUCACAAACAAACUUAUCUGUGAACAAUUUAAUACUUAUCGCAUUGACGCCAUCGAUAUUUGUAUCGAAAUUGGGGCACCAACUCUUACUGAAUGGAAUCGACUCUUUCGGCUCUUCUGAUACACCACGAGACAGCAGUCAUUUGAAGGUUCUCGGGCUAGCUUAGCUUGUUAGCUGCUAAACAAAGAGACACGGAAGUUAUCAACACAUCGCUUCGCAGACAUGAAGUAUGACUGUAACGUGUUGUGCUUGUGUAAAAAUAUGUAAAGUACAAAUGCUAUGAGAGCGUGGGUGAAUCCGCGACUAACUGCGGCUGUUGAUGAAAUAUUUGUUGUGACGAAGCCAUCGCCAUCUUGUGUCAGGAGGCACUGUUGAAGCUUCAUGUGCACACGAAACCACCCACUGGCCAGGUGUAUAAUCACAGGCAGCUGUAUUUUAACCACCUAAUGUGUGAGGCAAUGACUUUUUUAGUCUGUUAUAGCUUCCGGUGGUGACUAUGAAUUACAAAAAUAUGACAAUCAAUUCUCUACACGAAUUUUCAAAUACGUGUAUAAUAUAUUUGUAAUGUAUUCUGUGACCGGUAGGUGGUGCUAAUGCACCUAAUACCUGUAGCUGGUCUGCCACCGCCAAUAAAAAACAAGGAGGAAGAAGCUAAACGCGGAAGUUGACAGACAUGAUCAUGGAAUGGAUUCAAAAGCACAAAAGAGUUAUAAAGAAAAGACAAACAGCGACCGCUGACUUCAUUUCUGUGUGAUUUAAAGCACAAUGGCGUCGGGUGAGGAAGAACUGUCUCGAACAAGAGAGGAGUACGAGCGAGAACAGCUGGAGGAAUCAAGAGGACUGCAUGAACGAGUUAUGUUAAGCAGUAUUAUACUGUAAAUAUCUGAUGCAAGAUGGCGGCCAAUGAACAUGUUGAUGUGAAGCAGAUUGGGUUACACAUACAGUACCGAUCAAACGAUUCACUCGUUUAUAGCUACGGCCAGCAACUGAUUGGGCGUCAAGGACCCACUCAGCCUCAGGGUGGGAGUUCCUCCUUGAAGCUGGAGGAGCUACAGUUUCCCAACAUUAAAAGGGAAGAGGAGGAACUCUGGAUUGCUCAGGAGGGAGGCGUGCCUGUGAAGACUGAAGAACAUGAAGACGUCAGUGAAGAACAUCUUCAGCACAAGGAGCCUCAGCCCCCCCACAUCAAAAAGGAGGAGAGACCAGAACCCAUCCACAGUAAAGAGGAAGAGGAGGAUCACAGAAUCAGUCAAGAGGGAGAGCAUCUUGAAGGACAGGUGGAGCCUCCAGUGAUUGGUGUCCCUGUGAAGAGGGAAGAUGAAGACAAAGGUCCAAGUGAGGAGGAGAAGAGAGAGGUGGAGCCUCCAAGCAGAAGCUCAACUCAACACAUGACAAUAGAAGCUGAUGGAGACCACUGUGGAGGAUCACAAGCAGACAACCUCUUAGCUUUACUAUCAGGUAGUGACAACACAAAGUCACACUCUCCUGACACUGAUGAUGAAGACUCUAAAGCUGAUCAGACAUGUCACACUGACAACACACACUUGAAAUGCUCUCAAUGUGAUCAAACUUUUGAGCACAUGGGAGCGCACACUGGAGAUAAACCAUACUUCUGCUCAAUGUGUGAUAAAAGAUACUUUGAGAAGGUACAAUUGACAAUACACAAUAGGGAAAAACCUUUUACCUGUUCUCUAUGUGGGAUAGGCUUUGGACGAAAUGAGCAUUUGAAAAGACACAUGAGAACACACCCUGGUGAGAAACCAUUUUCCUGUUCAGUGUGUGGUACAAGUUUUGCUCGAAAGAGUAAUUUGAAACAACACAUGGGAAUACACACUGAAGAAAAACCAUAUUCAUGUUCUAACUGCAACAGAAGCUUUCAUUUAAAAAAAAACCUUGAAACACACAUGCGAAUACACACCGGUGAGAAACCAUUUUCCUGUUCCGUGUGUGGUACAGGUUUUGCACGAAAUGAUCAGUUGAAACAACACAUGACAAUACACACUGGUGAGAAACCAUAUUCAUGUUCUAGCUGCAGCAAAUGCUUUCGUAGCCAAACACACCUGAAAAAACACAUGAGAAUACACACUGGUAAAAAAGCAUUUUCCUGUUCAGUGUGUGGUACAAAUUUUGGUCAAAAUAGUAAUUUGAAACAACACAUGAGAAUACACACUGAAGAAAAAACAUAUUCAUGUUCUAACUGCAACAGAAGCUUUCGUUUCCAAAAAAACCUUGUAGCACACAUGCGAAUACACACUGGUGAGAAACCAUUUUCCUGUUCCGUGUGUGGUACAGGUUUCGGUCGAAAUGGUCAUUUGAAAAUACACAUGAGAAUACACACUGGAGAAAAACCAUAUUCAUGUUCUAGCUGCAGCAAAUGCUUUCGUAACCAAACAGACCUUAAAACACACAUGCGAAUACACACUGGUGAGAAACCAUUUUCCUGUUCCGUGUGUGGUACAAGUUUUGGUCGAAAUGGUAAUUUGAAACAACACAUGAGAAUACACACUCAAGAAAAACCGUAUUCUUGUUCUAGCUGCAGCAAAUGCUUUCGUAACCAAACAGACCUCAAAACACACAUGAGAAUACACACUGAUGAGAAACCAUAUACCUGUUCAGUGUGUGGCAAAGGUUUUAUGCAAAGUCAUGAUUUCAAAGUACACAUGAGAAGGCACACCGGGGAAAAACCAUAUGCCUGUUCCGUCUGCAACAAAAGCUUUUGUGAGCGAACAGCACUUGCAAGACAUGUGAGAACACACACCGGAGAGAAACCUUUUAACUGUUCAGUGUGUGGUAAAGGUUUUGUGCAAAGUCAUGAUUUUAAAGUACACAUGAGAAGGCACACCGGGGAAAAACCAUAUGCCUGUUCCGUCUGCGGCAAAAGCUUCUGCGAGCGAAAAGCACUCGUAAGACACAUGAGAACACACACCGGUGAGAAAACUUUUUUUUGUUCAGUGUGUGGCAAAGGUUUUGUACGAAUUGUAUUUUUGAAGGCGCACAUGAAAAUACACAGUGGUGACAAAGUGUUGAGUUGCGGUGUGUGUGAUGAAAGAUUCUCUCAUAAGUACCAGGUUAACAAUCACAAGUGUGCUGGUGAGGACAGCAGCGGUAAAUGAAGCUGCAGGAUUUGAAGGAAACCGUCAAGACUUGGAUAACGUUGACUUCCUGACAACAUCACCACAUAUAACGUGUGACAUUGUUGUGUUUGUAAAAAUGUAUUUAAUAUGCUGCUUGGUAAGCAUUGGGAAGACAGUAGAUGGUCAUCUUAGGUGUACCACCGUUGGAAAGAGCAUGACGGGUGUUUUGGCUGCGCCCUUUGCUACGUUUCCUUAAUCUUUAAGAGUUAUAUUUUCAUGCAAAAGGAGGACAAAGUUGAUGUAGGACUACAUACAUUAACCUGCUAUUAUAUGCAUUCUGUUCAAUAAAGAAACUUAAAUUGA